AUCAUGUACGGCAAUUUUGCAUGGCCUUACCUUCUAUGAUCUGGCUGAAGACAUGGGGACCUCCAAGACGUCGCAUCUUAACUUGAACGAUAUAUACAGUAGCAAUGCUGCAAGCAUCUAGCGUUCGUGCUCAAAGAGCCUUCACGACCGGCUCCGCCAGUCGUCGCUCGGCUCUUAUCGUGCGAGCGCAAAACAAGAGCGCUACGCAGGCCCCCUCGGCCCGUGUUGCCGGUGCUGCGCUGCUGGCCGCGACCACCCUGGUCCUGAACACCGCCCCUGCUUUGGACCCCACCGCUCUGCUGCUGCAGCCAGCCCGCGCGGAUGACACGUCAGAGGAGCUGCUGACGCCCUACCAGCGCCGCCAGCGGGAGUUGGAGCGCCGGCGGGAGCUGCUCCGCCAGGCGCGGGAGCAGGCGGAGGUCAAGGCGGGUGGCGAGGUGGCUGCUGACGUGGAUGCCGCCAUUGAGGCCUCCAACGCCGAGCGCCGCGCUGAGGCCGAGCGCCUGGCUUCCCAGCUGCGCAGUAACGCCGCAACCACCUACGAGAGCUCCACAGCCACCGGCCGCUACCGCUACCCCGCAGCAACACCUGCACCCGCACCCGCAGCCCCUGCACCCGCACCCGCACCGGCCGUGGUGGCCCCGCCUGCUGCUGAGCAGGUGAAGAAGACCGCUCCUGUAGCAGCCCCGGCUCCCGCCCCGGCUCCUGCUGCUGCUAAGAAGGUGGAGGAGCCGAAGAAACAAGAGCAGGCAGCUGGGAAGACGAAGCGUCGCGGCCCGCUGCCGCUGUUCCUGGCUCAGUUGUUGGUGCUGGGUGGGUUUGUGGGUGUGGGCCUUGCGACCACAAAGUACGACCGGGAGAGCAGGCAGGCGCUGGCGCUGGCGAGGGAGAAAGGCAAGGAGUUGUACGGAAAGGCCGAGCAGGCAUUGCAGCAGGCGGUGGCUAACGCUCAGAAGUGAGCAAGUGAGGGAGAUGUCGGAAUGUCGGGAUGAUGAAGUCUGGGCGCGCGAGGGUUAAUAAGGCGGAAUCUUGAUUCAUGGAAGGAAGUGUGAGUGCUUGCUGCUUGGAGCACGAGUUUUGGUGCGUGGAUGAUGAUGUAUUGUAUGCGAGGGUGCUAAUUUGGUAGCGGAGAGAAGCAGGAGAGGUGGCGUGAGGCUCGAUGAUUGUUGCAUCAAAACAGGGUAAUUAAGCCCCGUACAACACGUCAUACACUGCACUUCUGCCC